AUGUUUGAUCUUUUCGAAUUAUCAGAUGUAAAAUCAAUCCUUAAAUAUGCAAAUUUAAACUUAGAUAACUUUAGUCAGCUUCUCAUGCAAUCAGCACCUAUUUUUAAAUUACCUGAUCUUUGCAAAUGUAUUGUCAAUACCAAUGUUCGUAUCAAUAAUAUUCGAGAAGUUAUUUUAUUAUUAAAAUCAAUCAGAAAAUACAUGAAUUUCGGAAUAUUUGAUCAAGCCAUUGCCAUUUUAAAACAAACUAGCAAUGAAAUAGAAUCACUUCAAUCUCAAACAGAUCGUUACAGAAAAGUAUAUCUUGAACAGAUUGAGAAAUUCAAAAAUUCCAAUGAUUUCAAAAGCAUUUAUGAAUUUUUUGAGAAAUUGUCAACUAAAGAAAGGAAAGAUAUGAUUCAACAAGCAUGCGAUGAAGGUUUGAACAAUAAGAAAGGAGAAUACGGAAGAAAUAUACUUCAUGAAGCAUCAUGCAGAGGAAAUCUUGCACUUGUUAAAAAUCUGAUUGAAUGCAACUGUGACAAAGAAGCACCAACAAAGUUUGGAUAUACUCCCUUAAUAUGUGCAUCAUAUUAUGGACAUCUUGAUGUUGUAAAAUACCUUAUAUCAGUUGGAGCCGAUAAAGAAGCAAUAAGUGAUGAUCAGGAAACACCGUUAAUUUGGGCAUCAUAUAGAGGUCAUCUUGAAAUUGUCAAGUAUCUAAUUUCUGUAGGAGCCAAAAUGGAAUCAAAAAGCUACUUUGGAUGGACACCUCUUAUUUGGGCUUCACGUGAAGGCAACCUUGAUAUUGUUAAGUAUCUUAUACAAAAACAUGCCAAAAAAGAAGAAAAGGAUUAUGACGGUUGGACACCUCUAAUUCAUGCCUCAGCAGAAGGUCAACGUGAUAUUGUGAAAUAUUUGAUAUCAAUCAACUGUAACAAAGAAGCAAGAGAUGAUGAUGGAUGGACCCCACUUAUUUGGGCCGCUUAUAACGGCCAUCUCGAGGUGUUUAAAUACCUCAUAUCUCAAGGAGCUAAUUUACAUGCAAGGGAUAAUGAUGGAGAUACAGCAUUGGAUUAUGCAAAACGUGAAGGUCACCGCAAAAUUGUUAACUACAUUUAUUCGUUAGACACAAAUUAA